AUGAAGAUAGUGAUGCGGGCGCUACAAAUUGAUAUAGAAUGGAGUGUAUAUGCAUGGAUAACAAAAUUUGAGUACGAUAUUUCAUAUUCUAGUAAAAAUGACUCAAUAAUUAAUAUAAUUAUAGGUACAACUAAUGGUUAUGUGUCUACUGGAAUAAAUGCAUUGAACAAUGAACAUGGAAUUAGAGAAUCUAAUAAUAAAUAUGAUACAGAAAGUGUUGUUCCAUUAGAUGAACAGAACAUGUAUAACCAUGAGAUAAUAUAUAAAAAAUAUAUCAUUAUGGUAUUAGUUCCCCUGGCAAUAAUUUUGAUAUUAAUGCUUAUUAUAAAAUAUACACAUUUUAGAAUUAUUUUUACUAAGAAAAAAAGAAAGAAAAGGAAGAUGAUAAAUGAAAAAUUACAAAGGGUACUACUAGGGCCUGCAGCUGCAAGAGAGAAACAUGUCCAAUUUGCAUAUAGCUAUUUUGAUUAUUAA